AUGAAGUUCAACAAGAUUCUGAUUCCUAUCAUUGCCCUCGGUGGCCUUUCUUCAGGGCAAAACGUUUCUACGAAUAAUCAGACUACAGCCAAUGCGGCACUAAAAAUUGGAGAUAGGAAUAGUGUAAUGAAUGCAGGGUUAGCCGGAUUGGCAGUUGCAGGGGUUAUAAGCUACUUCUUAUAG